AUGCCUUUGAUAGAAGAACUACCCGUUACCACCACUGCCCGUGCCUCACAUGGUUGGACCUACGUCCCCGACACAGCAGCGCCCAUUCCCGCCGUCCAGCUGGGCUCCCGCAAACGUGGCCGCGACGGAACGGUGGCACAUGCGGCUGCCCAUAAACUCUCGGCGAAGCAAGAAAAGGCCAUCCAGCAACGACUGAAUGACUUGAACAAGGAGAACUACCGCGACGCCCAUAUCCCGAUCCCGAAACGAGAGGGCGCGAGAGGAAAAGAGAGGAAGACCACACAAAAUGUGAGGCGGAUUCUCGCCUACAACAGGACAUUCCAGCAUUAUCUGGCGGACGAGGAAGCAGGGGUGAAUGUUUAUGGGAGUGCUGCCAAUGUACUCCCUGCCACAGGUACCAAGGGUCAAGCGAGACCGGAGCAGACCCAGAAAUCAGCGACAGAUUCGAGGAGGCGCAGUGCCGCUGUCAACGACACUCCGUCAACAACUACCCAGAAAGGAGCUGCGCGACGUCGGAGCUCGUUGAAGCAUGUCAAGUCCACGCCUGCGACGACCACCGCAGGGGAGAGUGCCGACCGUGUUGACGUUGAGAUGCCUGAUGCUCCCCCAUCUACGAAACCCUUGGACCCGGCUUCGCCAACCACACCUAUCAAAUCGCCUACUUCAUUUCAGGGAAAACAACAACCUUCCUCGUCUCCCUCGGCCAGUCAACCACCUCCUUCAGCAUACGACCCAGCUCUUGACCGCGAUCCGCUGCUUCGUACACGAGAUCUUCCCAAGAUGCCGUCAGAUCGCGUCAUGCAAGCUCUCCAGUCCGAACCCCCGUUGAGUUACGUUGCUGCGCGGGCAAAACCCCUUGAUGACAACAGCGAGGGCGAUGGCACGUUCGCCAUGCGCACGGGGAACAACUCGCUCAUGGCCAAACCGCAGCGCUGGUUCUGCUCGGUAUGUGGCUACUGGGGUAAAGUGAGGUGCAAGUAUGGAUGUGGAGAGCGGGUGUGUGGGCUGCUGGACUGUUGGAGGGGCCACGAAGCUGUUUGUACGUUGGCGGCAACAGGCUACUGA